AUCGGACGCGAUUUGACGUGCCGACGCAUCCGACCUGUUGCGUGCGUCCAAACAAAAAUUGCAAUGAAACAUAUCACGAGAGAGAAUUAAAGUCGUGCGUGACAGGUCCUACUCGAACCCACUUUGAGCUGGAGUCAGAUGACAACAAACCAAAAGUUCUAUAAUCUGACCGAAACUACGUUCCAAUAGUCGAUAUUAAUGCGCGACGAACUAACAUUCGACGUUGCUUGGCAACCGUUAACAGGAUGCACUUAUGCAAAUGAACUAUAUUAUUUGGCGGAAUAAUUACUUACGGCAAUAAUUAACAUAAACAACUGCAUUUAUUGACCAUUUGCUGCUAUAACUCCUGCUAUAUCACUGUAACCAGCUUCAUUGUUUGGCAGUGUUUCCCAUCUAGAGGUCCAGGCCCCAUUAGUCAUGAGGAGGAACCCAUUCGCAGGCGAAGGAUGCUGUCGAAAAGGCUCGAGAAACGCCCUCCAAGAGCUGUACAACCCUACACAGGCAGAGUUCUCUGCAGCUGCAGUGUUGCAUCAGGCCCGACGGGAUCAGGUGGCAGACACAUGCCGGGCCCACACCGCUUCCAGUCGCAAGAGACGCGUCCUGACUCCCAACGACCUCAAGCACCUGGUGGUGGAUGAAGAGCAUGAGCUUAUCUACUGCUACGUUCCCAAAGUGGCCUGCACCAACUGGAAGAGGGUCAUGAUGGUGCUGAGCGGCCGUGGGAAGUACACGGACCCCAUGGAGAUUCCGUCCAAUGAGGCCCACGUACCCUCCAACCUCCGGACCCUCAACCAAUACAGCAUCCCCGACAUCAACCACCGCCUCAAGAGCUACCUCAAGUUCCUCUUCGUGCGCGACCCCUUUGAGAGGUUAGUGUCCGCUUACCGCAACAAGUUCACGCUGCGCUACAACUCCUCCUUCCACAAGCGCUACGGGACGAAGAUCGUGAGGCGGUACCGCAAGAAUGCCACAGCCGAGGCGCUGCUGAGCGGCACCGAUGUGAAGUUCCAGGAGUUUGCUGAGUACCUGGUGGACCCGGUUACUCAAAGAGAAGCUCCGCUAAACGAACACUGGCAGACCGUCUACUCGCUCUGCCACCCCUGCCACAUCCACUACGACCUGGUGGGCAAAUACGAGACUCUGGAAGAAGAUUCCAACUACGUGCUGAAGCUCGCAGGGGUGGGCGACUCGUUGCGCUUCCCGUCGUACGCCAAAUCCACUCGCACCACCGACCAAAUGGCAGCUAUGUUUUUCAACAACAUAAGUUCCCUGCAACAGGUUCAGCUGUUCCAACUCUACAAAAUGGACUUCCUUAUGUUCAAUUACUCCACUCCGAGCUACCUGAAACUGCAAUAAACACGGUUGCGUGCACACAUGGGCUCGUUCAACACGGUUGAGCGAUGGGAGAAAGACAGUGGCAGUCUCCACACAGGCAAGGAAUCGACCAAACACGAAAUGUAAAAUUGUAUUUAUAUCCGCACGGACGGUAGCUUUAUCUCGAUGAAAUCAAGGAGCUGUCAGUCAACUGCGAAUGCCUACACAUGGGACUUGUUUGGAAAGUGUAAAGUUUUAAUUUGAAGGUGAUCUCAUAUAAGACUGAGGUCAUAUGAGGUAUCAAAUCCUGAUAUAUUUGUCCAUUGAAUUGUAAAUGUGCAGUCCAAAAGCUCCUAUUCCCAACAUCGAAAGCAAUAUGACAGAUUCAGAGCCAUACCUGCUGAACCGGUUUAUCUGUUAAUAUACUCAACCAGCCACCAUUAUUACUGAAGGAGCGCCUUGAGAAGUUAAGACUAAGACCUUAUAUAUAAUCAGACGUGCUCUGACUUCCCAUUUCUCAUUUAGUUUUCCCUUUUGGACGUUCCGUAGGCCUCAUGCCUCUCUCCCAUUCUUAGACGGCCUUUGUAUGUGUGUAUUUAUACGGUGCAUAUUUAAAGAAAGGCUUUGUAUGCACACUAAAAUAGGAAGGAUGAAAAAGGCACUGAAUUGUGCCUUGCUGGAGGGGCGUGCCCAAAUGUGAUUGACAAGCAGCGAGUGGCUCGUCCUGCUGAGUCAGUAAAGGGGACGUGUCCAUAGCAGUUGGGUGGUCAGGGGGUUCAAAGGUCAGGGGUUCAAGCAUGGAGUGAUCUCAAGCACGCCGUUCCCAUAACCCCUCCUCCUUCUGUUGACUUUCAGUAAAUCAGUUGUUUUGUUUUGUAUGUUUACUGUCUUAAGGAAAAGUGGCUGCGAGCAGCACAUUAUGAUUAAUAUUAUUUGAAUUAUUGUGUGAAAUAGAGAUUUAAUAUUUUUUUUUAAGUUUUUAAAUGUUAUAAUUUGUUCACGUUUCUUUUCGCCUCUUACUGGUUGUUUUGUGAGGGGUGUACGAAAUCGGGCAGGACUUGGUUUUCUGAGCUGUUCACAUGGGGAAAUUUCACAUAGUGGUGUGUUUGAGCGAAAGACAGAGAGAGAGAGAGAUUGUACGGUAGGCAAAUCUGUUUCAUUCAUUAGAUGAUUGAUUCUGUAAAAUAUCUGAGUAGUUCAAAGGAACAUUCUUUAAUUUAAUGAUCUGUCUUUUACCAUAUUUGAUUUGAUUUGACAGUGCAUAAAAUUAUUAAAUGGCUUACGUAUAUAUGCUUUGGCCGCAAGCGGGCGUGUCUAAUUUUUUUGUCGGUACCAAAUCCAUAGAGGUCGCCCAGGGUAAAAGCUGAAGUUUCUCUCUCUCUCUCUCUCUCUCUCUCUCAGUGAGAGACUCCCACAGGUCUCAGCUUUUUAAAAAGAAAAUCCAGGGUUUAUUUGGCCUCAGUAAGUGAGGGAUUAACAGCAUUUUAGGCUUUGUAGAGCAAAGACCACACAAACACACGUGCACAUUAAAGCCCCCCAGUGAGGCAGAGAGUAAAACGUGGCAAAACGCAGAGGAGAAAGAAAAAACUGUUAUCGACCUCUCCAUAGAUUAUUUUUUCCUAUCAUUUUUUGCUCAUUGCUAUUCCUAAUACAUAUCCAACUCAGAACAAAAACAGUAUUACAAUAAGAUGAAGAAAAAACCAUCAGAAACAGUAGAAAAUGUCAUAAAAUAAUUCACACACAAAUUAUAAUUAAUCUCAAAACUUUUUUAUCGUACACUCUAGAAAUGCUGGGUUAUUUUCGAACCAGCAUUGGGUAAAUAUUAUACAGAACACAAUGCUGGGUUGUUUCAACUUAACGCUGGGUUAUUAUAACCCAUGGUUGGCUAACAACAACCCAGCAUUGGUUAACUUUUAACCCAUCAGUGCGUUCUGUCCAAUACUUACCCAAUGCUGGGAUGAAAAUAACCCAACAUUUUUUAGUGUACCAUUUGAGUUUUUUUAUUACAUGGAAUGUUGAGGAAUGUAAUUUUUUUAUUACAUAUACAGUACUGUGCAAAUGUUUUAGGCCACCACCACUUUGUUGUUUUAGCAUAGUUUUAAUGACAAUCCAUAUAUUGCUACAAUUUCUCUAACGUUAUGUUUUUUAGUAUUAUUGAAAUGCUCUUCUUCUUUUAAGGGCCAUUUCUAUGUAAGAUGGAAAGGGAUGUCUAGUUUAAUAUGAUGGCUGUUAUUUAUCAUUUUAAUUGACUAAAUGUCUGAUAGUCAAAGAAAUGUAUAUACCAUUUUAUUAGAUUUAUUAAGGACAGUCACAUUUGCAAUGAUAUUAGUAAUACCAUAUAUGUGACCCUGGACCACAAAACAAGUCAUAAAGGUAAAUUGAGAUUUAUACAUAAUCUGAAAGCUGAAUAAAUAAGCUUUUCAUUGGUGUAUCGGACAAUAUUUGGGCAAAAUACAACUCUUUGAAAAUCUGGAAAGGGUGCAAGAAAAUCGCAUUUAAAGUUGUCAAAAUUAUAUAUAUAAAUUUGUUUCCGGAAACAUACAAAAUAUCUUUACUUGAACAUGAUCUUUACUUAAUAUCCUAUUAAUUUUUGGCAUAAAAAAUAUAUAAUUUGACCCAUACGAUGUAUUGUUGGCGAUUGCUACAAAUAUACCUGUGCGACUUACAGGAAUGACUGGUUUUGUGGUCAAGGGUCACAUGUAUUAUAUUGGCUUCAAACUAGGGUGGCCAUUCGUGCCAGUUCCGCCGGACACAUCCCGAACAUGUUUUCGGGUUUGUUCUCUGGAAGUCGCAUCGCUCGACCGCAUACAUCAUCGAGGUUCUCACAUUUCAGUUAAAAUACAUUAGAAAAUUAAGAUUUAUUUCUUUUAAGACAUGCAAUCAUUGUAGUUUCAUUCUUACCUUGAAAUGUAACGGUUGCUUUGCUGAAAUUAAACCCGAAAUAUUAAACCUUGAUGACGUAUGUGGUCGACCAACGCGACUUCUGGAGAACGAACCCGAAAACAUGUUUGGGACGUGUCCGGUGGAACUGGCACGAAUGGCCACCCUAGUUCAAACCCACCAGGGAACACACAUGCUGAUAAAUUCAUAAAUGUAAAAAUAUAUAUAUUUAAUAAUUUUCCUGUUGUAACUGAAUAUUUAUUUUUCACUUUCUUUAUAGGAUAAAUACAUAAAAAAACAUUAUUUACAAACUAGCUUUUUAAGGUAAAAGUCAGAGGAGACUGAAGUUAUCAUUAGAAUUUCAUUUGAUUUAGGUGUAAGAGAGCCUGCACGUUCAUGCAAUUAGGUAAGUGUAAAAGGAGAUCACACAAUUGAGCUUAUACUUUGAUUAAUACCGCAUACAAAUUUUCUGUAUUUCCUGGUUGUAUUUUAAUAAACAAACCAAGUUAUAAUUCUAUAUGGUCACUCCUAUACCAUUGCAAACACAACAAAUCAUGUUGGCAUGAGACUUUUGUCAGUACUGUACAAAUAAAAAAAGUAAAUAUUGACUCUCAAGCUCUCAACAGGCCUACCUUCCAUUAUACUUUUGUGUUUUCUGUGAAAGAGCGUCAUACAGGUUUCAUCACGCAAAUGAUACAGAGAUCAGGCGAUCGACAUGACGUUCACGAUUAACGGACAAGAUUUUGUAUCGCUUGCCGUUUCAACGUGUCGCAUCUCGUAAGAACACUGUGUAAACAUUUUAAUUCCUAAAAGCUUCACUGUGUUUCUGACAAAUAAAUCCUUGUUUGAGAUGUUAUCUUCCACUCAAAGCCCAGCUCUCUGAGUUUCUAACAAAACAUAUCACCAAAUCCAAACUUCUUAACUUGAAUUGAAAUUACCAGUUUAGAAAACAAAGGAAUCACGCCUCGUUUUUUAUCCAAAACACUGAGUUUGAUUUGAUCUGUAGAGGUAACAAACAGCCUCAUUAGUGGCCGUGUUAGCGGUCGUAGUGUUUUUUGACUUCCAGUAUCAUCAAAUACUGUACACCACCAAACAAACAGUACAGCUUACUCUCAUACACAACAGUGCCUUCAUUCUCAUUCACACAUAUUUUGCACUUAGUUUACACAAUGCAAGUCACCAUCCAUUCAUGCAAACAAGAUCACAAGGUCUGCCUGUUGCUUUAUGUGCCUAUUGUACAAUCAGUGUCUUUAUUUAUUUAUUGCUGUCGUACACCCCUCAAUGUUAAACUUAUAGUGUGCAGCCAGGGUUGUUUGUGUUUGUAUAUGUGUGGAUGGAUGCUCAGCUUUUUCAGGCUCACGAGCAUUCUCAAACGAAAAGUUGAAUUUAUUUAUUUAAUCCUUUACGGCGACACACACUUCCUCAGUAUUCAGGAGGGACUGUGCUGGGUCAUCGGGUGGGACCCUUGCACUGGAAAUGGGAAAAAUACAAAACAAGUGUACUCUGAUCAAUGAGCUCUCUCUCUCUCUGAAUCUCUGUUUUCUCAAUAAAGCUGAAACUAAAAACCA